GUGCCCGGAGCGCUGCUGCUAUCUUCCCUCCGCCGUCUCUUCUCGCGGUAACGCUACUACACUGUUAGCUUGCUAGCUAACCCCAUCGUUUCCAGGUUUCGUGUCGACCUGAAAAAGAAGCGAAAGAAGGGAGGCACAGAGAAGGCUACGCGGCCGAACACUUUGUAAAGCCCAGGCUGCACUGAAGAGCGGGGCAAUGCCGCACAACUUCCAGCCCGGAGACCUGGUCUUCGCCAAAAUGAAGGGGUACCCCCACUGGCCAGCCAGGAUUGAAGAUGUGGCUGAUGGGGCAGUGAAACCACCUCCUAAUAAAAUCCCUAUUUUCUUCUUUGGGACGCAUGAAACAGCAUUCCUCUCAGCAAAGGACCUGUUUGCCUAUGAAAAGUACAGCGAACGCUAUGGAAAGUCCAACAAAAGGAAGGGAUUCAAUGAAGGUUUAUGGGAGAUCCAGAACAAUCCACAUGCCUCUUACAGCGCCCCGCCUGCACCUGCCAGCUCAUCUGACAGCGAGGCCAACAACGCUGGAGGAGGAAGUGAUGAGGAUGACGAUGAAGAAGAAGCCCCGGUGCCUCAGAAAGUAGACUCAGGAAGCGAUGUUGACUCCGAUUCUGGGAGUGAAGACCAAGGAAAGGGUGGAGGAGUGAAGCGAAAACCACCACCUGCUAAGCGGCCUCCCCCUCCGAAAAAGGCUCGCGGCUCAUCCAGUGACCGAAAUGAAGAGAGUGGAUCCCCCUCUGAAUCAGAACCCACGCCCUCAGACUCUGAGUCUGGCAAGAACAGCGACCAGGAUUUUACUCCAGAGAAGAAAGCUGGUGGACGCGGUGGAAAGAAAGCAGGAGGCAGAGGGAAGAAAAAGAAGGCUUCGUCUGGCUCCGACUCAAACUCAGGUUCGGGAUCAGAGAAGAAAGUAGCUGACAGCGACUCAGAGGAUGAGAAGCCUAGACCGGCUUUGUCUGGCUCUGAAUCCCACUCUGCCUCAAAGUCUGAAUCAGAGUCAGAUCCACCGCCACGGAAGGCCCCACAGGCACGCAAGAAAGAGAAGCCAGCACCAAAGCCCCGUGCACGGAAACCCAAACCCCCUCCGACAAAACGAGCACCCUCAUCCUCCUCCGACAGCGACAGUGACAGUGGCACCGACCGCAUCAGUGAAUGGAAGAAACGAGACGAGGAACGCAGACGAGAGCUGGAGGAGCGCCGGAAAAAGGAGGAGGCGGAGGAGCUCCGCAGGCUACGUGAGCGAGAGAAGGAGGAGGACGAGCAAAAGAAAAAAGACAAAGACAAAGAUAAGGGUAAAAAAGGGGGCGACAGUGACAGCAACAGUAGCUCAGAUGAAGGUGUAGAUGAGCACCCAUUGAAGAAGUCCAAGAAACCCCCUCCGGCCCCGAUCCCUGCACCCUCGGACUCUGACUCUCCAGCACCAACUGAGGCUAAGAAGUCAUCCAAGAAGCCCGACAACCAGAAGAAGGCGAGAAUAAAGAAAGAGAAGGAGAGAAAAGAAAGGAAGGAGAAAGAGCUAAAAGAAAAGAAAACCAGACGGUCAGAAGAGAAGUCUCGAGCGAGGUCUAAGCCUGAAAAGCCCAAACGCAAACCAGAGAGGCCGCCAGAGAAGAAAGUGGAAAAGAAAAGGGAGUCAUCGCCAGAAGAAAAGCUACAGAAACUCCACACUGAUAUAAAGUUUGCACUCAAAGUGGACAACCCGGACAUAGACCGUUGUCUACAAGCCCUGGAUGAACUUGCAGCUGUGCCCGUCACCAGCCAGAUCCUCCAUAAGAACGCUGAAGUUAUUGCCACUCUAAAAAAGAUUCGGCGUUAUAAAGCCAGCAAUGCAGUCAUGGUGAAAGCUACUGAGGUCUACAACAAGUUAAAAGUUCGCUUUGUGGGAAAGAACGAGAUGGCAGCUAAACCUCAAACAGAGGACAAGGAAGCAGAAGAUGAUGAAAAGGAGACGAAAAACACAGACUCCACUCCGGUGAAUGGGGAAUCAGAACAGAAAAAAGAUGAUAUGGAGGUAGAAGAAAAUCCGAAAUCACCUGCCCAUGAGGAGAACAAUGAUGAUACUGCUUCAAGUCCAAUCAGACAAAGCCCAGACAGCCCUGCUGAACCAAAUCUUCACACGAAUGAAGAAGUGGACAAGUCCAUCUCUGCAGAGAUGGAACCAGCCGCUGUAGAAAGCUGAAAGACCCUUAACCACCACUGCAGUGGACCAAGUGCUAAAGAUGGUGGCCUCUUAGUUUGACGUCAUACAGUGUUCCUGGCCCUCCAACAUCACGACACACACCCAGCGUUUCCUACAGUAUCUGUAACGUCAAUGUUGAUGUUUUGGAUAUUUUGUACCAUAAUGACAUCAAACCAGAAGGCCCUGUUGCUCAAACUGUUUGGUCCAUUAUUUAUCACAAAAAGGAAAGCUUAUUAGCGUGGUAGUUUGUGGCGCUGUGGGAACUCCUUUUUAUUUCUGAAAAUGUACUUUUUAUUUUAUACGACACUCGGCCCGUCCUGGAUCUUCACCCUGUUCUCCUGCUUCUGGCUACUUUGUUCUUUCCACCACACAAACUCUCAUUUUGAUCUUUUACGCCGUAUGUAUAUGGAAUGAUUACACUUAAAGCACUUCUAACCGGAAUUUAACGUGGGGUAGUACGAGAUAACACUUCAAUAAUAUUCGUGGGAAAUUGGAGCCAUGCCGUUAAUUUUUUCGCUUGGAAGAUUUUGUGCAGCCCUUACAUCUGUUGGCUAAAAUAUUUUAUAAAGUCUACAAAAUAUCACAAAGGCCUCUUGUCUGUGUGUAUGACAUUGUGAGAGUGGUAAAGUACUAUUUGUGAGUCUUUUAUGUUAAGUAUAUAUUUUUUGUAAUUAUCUGGUCUUGAUCCAGUUAAUCCAGUCUGAAAUGUAAAGCCAUUGAUUGAGUCACUUAAAACUGUUUUACAACCAAGGUCCACCUACUUUUUUUAUAGCCUUGUUUGCAAAUAUUGGAAUUUACAGUUUUGUCUAAAAUAAUAAUUGCUGUGGAGUUAAACACCUUGCACUCUCGUCUCCCCAUAGUGUCUGCUUUCAGUAACUUGCUUAAUAAAUGGAAUAACUGUACAGAUUGAAAACUGCCCUUAAAAGCUAUUGAGAUCUCUUGUAGCUGCAGCCUAUUUUGACAUUUUCCUGUCAUAAGCAUACAACAGGUGUUUUUAGUGCUAUGUAAAUUGUUAAAGCAUUUCUAUGACUUAGUUGAGACUUGAAUAAAAAUCUCAG